AAAGGUGUGGGUUGAUGGGACCUUUUCGUCAGGGGUACGGGGCGAUAGCAUCGGAGGGGCGAGGAGAACAAUCUUCUUCGAAGCAGAGAGAGUGCUUGGCGACGGCAUAGAGCUUGCGGCGGGAGCCUUCUCCUCCGAAGCAUGCAAGACGAGCGCGGCGGCGAUGUCAGCCUUCUGUUCGACAGGCAAGGACGUGACAGAAAGAGUCAACGAGGGCGAGGUGGCCAAUGGUGACAAAGACAGAGGCUCGGGAUCUGAAUUCUGCAUUGUUUGACUGUCUUGGACCGCCUUGACUUCGACCGGCGAGAAAAUGACCGGGGCCGUCGACAGGGGCGAGAUGACAAUUGCUGAGAACGACAGAGGGGCGAAAUCUGCAGUCUGUGUUGACUUGCUGACUUGGAUCACCUUACGGGACGUCUGGGCGAUUGGUGCAACAUCAACAUUGGCGUUCGACGUCUGGCUAGAGACUCUCGCUUGGCUUGCAUCCUUUCCGACAUCGAAGAACUCAGGAACCGGUCGGACCGUACGCUGCGAGCGGUACGCCGUUACCAGGUUAAAACUUGCCAUGAAUUGUCGUGCGACAAAGUUUCCCCGGGCCUUGACGUCCGCUUCGAUGCAUGAAGUCAACACUUGCAUACUUGAGGCCAACGACUCGCGGCUCGAAGCCAAUGCCUGGUUGCUCGAAGCCAGUGCGCGACGUGCAUCAACGCAUUCACGAAGACUGACGUGCUGGUUGGUGGCCGGCGGAGAGACGUGGAUAACCUUUUCGUUGCCAAAAAGUCGCUUGUGGAUCACUUCUGGGAGGUCCUUGUCGUCGAUGAGCCGGGUCCGGGGACGCGGGGUGCGCAACUUGUCAAUAUAUCUCCUCAGGCGCUCAAUCUCCUCUUGCUUUUUCCCGGCCAUCUCAUAAUAUAUGUUCCACAUUCGCUCAAUCCAGUCUUGAUGCUCGGCCUUCAGAAGCUCGAGUUCAUCUUCCGCAGAGACUUCGGGUUCGGGUUCGCUCACC